AUGCCUGAACAAUGUGGAUCCAACCCUGCCUUGAGCGUCACACUUGCCUCGAUUGUUGUGCCGUUCUUCCAGAUUGUUGGUAUGACCAUACGAUUUUACAUAUUGCUGCAAGUGAACGGAGAUAUAUAUGCGGUAUGGCAGUGGGCAUGUGAGGAUCUCCCAACAAAGGACUCUGAUGUUGCAAAGCAUUGUCCUUCUAUCCAAAAGGUUCAUGACUCACAGGUAUACCCUCAAGCAAUAGGUCAAAAGAAGGAUAAGCACAAGCUAUCCUAUCCGAUUAACAUUUUUGCAUUUUCGGAUAACCAGUUUGGGCUGCGAGUUUUCAAUGAGCUUGUAGAGUCAGCUGCUGCUCGGCAUAAGCAACCUCACUAUAUACUACACGCAGGAGAUGCAGUGCAAGAAGACAAGAAUCUUCAACAAUGGCGAACAGACUUCUACGAUCCUCUGACUGCUUCUUAUCUCGGCCAACAGGCGCCUUGA